AUGAGGGUGCUGCACCGCGCGCUGCGGAGCCCGCGCGCUCGCUUGCAGAGAGGAGUCGUUUCGUGCGCAUUCCGCGCCUCUGCGCGUUCAUCUUUUUCUCCUUCUGAGGCGGCGGUGAGCGACGCCUCGCUUCGCCCCUCGUGGGCGGCAGCAGCUCUCAACCGGACUUCGCGCGCGUCGGCUCUCGCGCUCUCAGGCCGCGUGUGUUUGAUUCCUUCAGAUUCGUCUUCGAGUCGCUGUCUCGCGUCUCGGUUGAGGCAGCAUCUUUCACAACGAGGGGGGCGGAGGAAGCACGAAGCCGCGGCGCGAGGAAACGCCGACGCAGUGCGACACCAACGUGAAACAGCCGCACACGCAGAACUGCCUCGAGAGAGGAAACGCAGUUUACACUCGCUCCCUUUAUCUCUAUCUGCGUCUCGUUUCGGUUCCAAGCCGAUGCUGCUCGCCUCUUCCGCUCCUCCUGCAUCUCUGUGCAGCUCUCAGGGCGGCGGGUCGACUGGAGCCCUGCGAUCUUUCCUCCCUUCUCGUCUUUCUCCCUCUUGGCUGCCUCUGCGUGGGCUCUCUGCGCCUAACGCUGUCUCCGCACGCGCUGUUGCACGCCUGUCGACUUCCUGCCCUGCGUCGGGGGCUCGUCGCGCGGCGUUUUCUUCUCUCGCGCUCCCUGGGCAGCCUGACCUGGCGCCUGCGGAGGUUGCCUCUUUGGACCUGCGUGCGCAAUUUCGUCCUGACCACGUUUGGCGGGCGUCGCCUGCGGAGCUCCCUGCGCUCCUCGAAGCUGCCUCGCGCGCGGAAGACAACGAGAAUCUCCGCCUCCUUGAGCGCGAAAUCGCCAGCCUCGCAGCUGGGAACGGCGCGCGUGACGCGCCGCGAGGAGGUCAGGGAGAGAAAGAAAAGGAUGCCGGUCAAGCCGAACGAGAGGCGAGGGAGGGGGGAGAUCUGCGGAUGGAAGAGUGGGAGGCACUUGCUCUGCAAGACGCGACGAAACGCCCAUCCAGUCAAAAACCUCUGACUCUUUCAGGGGUCGCACCAGCAGUUGCGGCUUCAUGUGCGCUCUCCUCUUCAGCUUCCUCUCAGCCUUCCUUGCUUGCUUCGCUGCGCGCCAAGGGCGUCCUGCCGUCAGCAUCCUUCUGGCGGCAUGUGCAGCGGCGCGUGGAGAUCUGCGAAGACCUCCUCUCCAACGCCCAACUCGCUUCGCUUCUUCUUUCGGCAGGCAAAGCGAACGCGGCGCCCGCCUGCGCGGCCUUUUUCUUCUCCCUCCUCUCACAGCGCGCGCGCGCCUUCCUUGCCGCCGCGGCGCCCUCAGAGCGCAGCGCUUUCGCCAUUCAGUCCUCUGAAGCUUCGCCUGUGUCUCCCUCGGGCUCGAGGUCGCUGUCUUUCGGCGCGACUCCUCCGUCGUUCCUUCCGCCGCCACUCGCGGUGGCGGUUUUUAACUUCGCGCUGCGUCAAGCCGCGACGGCCUCCGCGGAAGAUGCAGACAGCCGCAACCCCGACGGCGAGGAGGCGCAUCCGCCCCAGAGUUCGCCGCGGGCACCUGGGGCGUCUGUCGGCUCGCGCGACGACGCGGCUGGCGCGACUGGCGCGGCUGGCGCGCUGAGUGAAACGCGGGUGUCGCGGCGCGAGUGCGAACUGCUGAUGAAGGCCCUUGUCGUGUCUCUGAGUCGCGCCUGCGCGUUCUUUGGCGUCUCGACUAAAUCUCAGUCCGCGUCACACAACGCGGUGAAGAGAGCGGACGCCCGCGCUCUAGACGCCGCACUUCUCCUGACGAGCUGCAGCGCCCGCUACGCCCACCUCGCCCAAACAUGUUGUCUCUCCUCGCCAACUCGCUCGCACGACGUCCUGCGCCUCGCGGUGCUUUUUGAAGAAGCGGUGUUUCCACUUCUCAACGCAUCGCUGCCUCAGAUGUCGCCCAAGCAAACGGUCUGUCUUCUGCACUCUCUGAGCCGCCUGACUCAUCAUCCAGUCUUCUUUCUUUCGCCUUCCGGAGCGCCGUACAAAGGUGUCUUCGCUGCCCCGAGCUACGCGUCGGCUGCGUCUUCAGCUUCUUCGUCUGCGCUGGUUUCCGCGUCUUCAACAGCUGCGCCUUGUUCGCUUGACCUCGCGUCGGCGCCCGCUCCUUCUCCGCCGGCGCAUCUUCUGCUUCGCGCGGUCGACAGGCUGGCGUCGUUCCUCCGCGCGCAGCCUGCGGAGGCAUCCGAGAUGCGGAGAAAUGAAGCCUCGCGACGCGAAGAAGGGUGCGGCGACUUUACCAGGAGCUCUGCGGAAGUCUUUCUCUCCCCAUCUGCUCCGGACCCACCUUCUUCUCUCUCCAAGUCGUGCCGUCUCGAUUCGUCUGUCUCUCCCGUCUCGGCGCUGCAACCGGCUUCGCCUGCGGCGCUGCUUGACCCGAAUAGUCUGUCUUAUGCCCUCCACUCCGUCUUCCUUCUUGACCUCGCUGUGAACGCGCACCUGCGACUUCAGCAGGCGCCUCGCUCGGCCGCCGUCUCUGCACAUCCGUCUCCAAGCGUCUCCUCGUUUUACCUCGAGGCCCUCGCGCCGCGUCUUCCUCCGCUCCUCGAGGCUCUCAUCGGCACGCUCGCCUCGCCUCCAUCUUCUUCUUCAGCUCCUUCUCCGCAGCCGGCGUCUCCGUCUGACGCUCGCUCAGCGCCGACAGCAGCUGAGGGGGGCGGCGUCUCCGCGUCGGGCCUGUCGGGCGGUGGUGCGUCGCCUCGCGUUUUUUCGACCCCUAAAUUCGCGUCGGUCUCUCAAGUGCUUCGCGCGUUCCUGCCGAUCCUCACGCGGCAACUCCUCGCGCUUCCAGACCUGGCUGCCUUGCUGCUGUUUCACCUCGCGCGGCUCACCCCCGCGCUCUUUCGGCGUGGCGAGGGCAUGAGCCGCGGCGGCUUGGUGGCGUUGAAGCGCGAGGAAGACGGCGGAGGCGACGGAGGCGCCGGCGGCGGUCGCCUGCAGCAGCAACACGCGCGGCAGCUCUACAUCUUCCUUCUCUCCUCGCUGGUCACCCAGGAGCCGUCGCUCGCUCUCGCGCGCGAACCGAUUGCGUCGCGACUCCUGCCGUCGCCCGGAGACUCGGCACACCUCCGCGAAGGCGCGUUCGUGUCGGCGUCUGCGCCUGCUUCACCAGCCGCAGCCUCUCGCUCAGGUUCCCUCGAGGAGUUCGAUGCCGUCGAGGACGCGCAGCUGUAUCUGCAGACUCAGCAGCUCUCUCGCGACGGUGUGCCAAGCCCGUUCGCUCCCCCCUCGGCGUCUCGCUUCGGCGCCGCGGCGUCCACGCCGGCCUCCGCUGCCGCGCCUGCGACGGGUCUUUCUGUGCCCUCGUUUUCCUCUCCCUCGGGCUCGUCUGCGGGUGCGCUGGUGCAGCUUGACGUCUCGGCUGUCGCGCUGAAGCGCAGCGUCCGGGGGACGCUCCGCGUGGCGCUGGAGCCCCUUCUGACGACGUUGCCGGCGCUGUCGGCCGCCAAGCUGCUGCAGGUGGUGAAUAUCGUCCUCAGCACUUCUUCGCUGCGGCAUCCGCUCUCCGUCGUCGCGCAGCUACUGGGCGAACUCGAAGCGCGCGUGAAGCCAAGCGGCGCCGCGGAGGCGCGGGCGCGCAUCGCCUUGCGUGAUCUGGGCGCGGUGGCGGCCGCGGGCGCGCAGCUGGUGCAGAUUAAGCGCGGGUGGCACGAGGGCGCGCGCGGCGCGGCAGCCGCCGCCGAUAAUCCCGACGCAAGGAAGAGCAAAGAGGAGCUUCAGAUCGCCAUCCAGCAGCAGUUCCGCGCACUCCUCGUCGCCGUCGCCGAGAGCGCGGAGGAGGCGCUCGCGAGCGCAGAGCAACGCGCAGGAGAAGGCGCGGACGACGUCAUAGUUGAGAACUGGAGCGAUGACGAGGGCGCGAGGGUCGCACGGAGCCCCUUCUACGAGACGUGGAGGGACGACGACGGUGAGGCCGUCGAUGGCGGAGACGCGGGCGAGGGAGGCAGUGAGGCCGCCUACACGACCGCGGGAGAGACGGCGACUGACGCGGCCGCAGACGCAACACGAACGCCCGGUCCUAAGAAACGGGACUGCGAAGACGAAAGCAGCAUCUUGCACGAUCCUCGCGCUCUUUUGGAACUGAUUGCGGUCUUCGACGUGGCGGGGAUGACUCGGCCGCGUCUCGCUGCGCUGGUGGCGCGGCGCAUUCUCUCCUACCCCAGGUUCCGCGAAGUCUUUGGACUCGAAACACCUGGAGAGUCGCCAGUCUCUCUCUCCACCGAUGUGGAGCGCGAGGCGCUCGCGCUGGCUCUGCCUGAAGCGGAGGCUGCGCGGGGAAGACGCAGGAGGCAGAGAGGCGAGAAGAAAGAAAAUGACACCGCCCAGUAUCGCAGCGACGACGACGGCAGCGGAGACGUGACCCAUGAGAGGACUUCUUCGGAGUCGUUCCUGCACGCGCACCUGGAAGAGAUUUUUCAUCUUCUUCACUUCGUGGCAGACUCUGGCUCGUCAGGCGCCGUGGCUUCUCCCGACGUCAACGCCGGAUCUUCGCUUUUCGCGCAUCUGCUGCCGCCGCUCUCUUCGCCGCAGCUGCUGGCCUCACUCUCUGUCGAACUGCUCCUCUCCGCACUCGACACGCUUCGCCCUCUGCUGCGAAACCGACACACGAUGCUGAACCCGCAAGCGGAGGAAGAAUCUGCACAGGACGGCCGCGCAAGCAUCUCUUAUUCUCAAACGCAUGCGCAGUCUACACACGCAGACCCGAGCCGCUUCGGCGCCGGCGCGGACUCCCGACCUCACGCAGAGCGGUUUCUCUUCGUCCUGCAAAAGUCCUGCCUCACGACGACCUUUCUGGGCUCUCUGCGAAACGGGGAGUUGCUGCUUCUCGAAGAGCUCCUGAGGGAGCUGGGCGAACGCAACCUGCGAGUUGAAGAAGAACGCAUGCAGCGCGGACUGUCAGAGCCUCUGCCGAAACGUGUGCCCCCCCCAGGCGCGCUAGGCCCGUUCUGA